AUGGCCGCAUUGUUUGGGAGCUGGGAGUCCAUGCAGGACUUAUCCAGCAUCGAUGAUUUGCUGGACCGUUUCAAUGUGGAUGAGACGGUUUGGAGAAAAUUUGAGGUGCAGAUCGGUAGCCCUGGGGCCGACCUCAGGCUCCUGGCUGCGCUUGGUGGCUGGAUGUGGCAGCGCAGUGACGGCGGCAGGACCUUAGUCGCCGAUUUAGGGAUCAGCGAGGCAGACUUCAAGGACGUGGGCCCUUCGCGAGAGAUUGAGACCGAAAGAGGAGGUACAGUUUGUCCUGUGACUGCAUCUAGGACAUCGAGUGGGGUGAUCGACCAGCAAGACGAGUCAGAGCUUCUCCCACCGGAUGUUUCAGAGGUGGACAAGUGGUACCAGAACUUUAUAGCAUACGCCAAGCAGGUUGAGAAGUUGGUGACUCAAUGGCCUCGUUGUUGGGGGCUGAUCUACACAGCCGAUGAUUCGGCUCGAGCGGAACGGUUAGAGAAGACUAGAAGGAAGCUGACGAUAGAAGCGGCUCAAAACAGGCAGAUUCCUCGAGACUGGGAUCCUGCCAGGCCAUGGUCUUGUGUGUUCAUGCAGUUGGCGGCAGAUAUGGAAUUCUGGGCCGAACGUGUCCACCAUCCAGCUGCUGCGUGGACUGCAGCUGGUGGAAGAGGUGCUCCGACGGUGGCAGCUGAGGCAGCGGUCUUGGAGGUGAUUCAGAAGGCCCUGAGUACGGAGCAUGAGACACCAGGGCCCCAGGCCGAGUCUAGGAAGACGCAAGCCAACCGAGACCCGCUGGAGACAAAGACUGACAUGGCGAUCCUGCGAUCACUCCGCAACUACGAUUUGGCUGAGUCACAGCUCGAAGAGGCCGCCAUUGAGAUUGACAGGUAUGUCAAAAAGGGCUUCUGCAAGGUGCUACCGUUGGAAGAGGUUCACACCAGGUUCCCACAAGGCACGGCGUCCAAGUUGGCCUUAAUACUCAAGCAAAAGGCCGACGGCAGCACGAAGCGAAGAAUAGUGAUUGACAUGCGUCCUUCGCAAGGAAACGAGCGUGCGAAGAUAGAGGAGAGAAUCGUCCUGCCACGGUCCCAAGACAUUGUGGCGAGCUUGAGAGUCAUGCGAGCUAGAGAACACGAGUUGGUGGGCCACGAGGUGAAGCGCUCCGUACUCAAGAGCUCCACGAGCUACGCCGAGGCCGAGGUAGAGUUCAUCAUGUUGGACUUGAAGGACGCCUUUUGCCACUUCGGAGUUCACCCAGAGGAGUUGCAGCAUUGCAAUGCAUCAGUCCCGGACUGGAAAAUGGAACCGGGAUAG